CAACCCGACGCUGAGCGGAUUGAAGGACCUUAUCCAACCGUGAUCAAACAGAAAAGUGGCAAAGAAGUGUCAGUGGUUCAGGCCUACGCUUACACGAAAUAUUUGGGUAAACUGCAUGUUCAGUUCGAUAAGGACGGCAAUUUAAUAGAAUACGAUGGUACACCAAUUUUAUUGAAUGCUUCGGUGCCACGUGAAAAUGAUGUAUUAGAAUUAUUGGAAGUGUACAGGCCAAAUAUUACCGCCUUGGAGACUAAUAUUAUUGGUCAUACUAAAGUCUACUUGGAUGGCCGCGCUGAGAAGUGUCGUCGCGAAGAAUGCAAUAUGGGUAAUAUGGUGACAGACUCUAUGGUUUACGCUCGCGUUUUAGAAGACCUGGGUGGUUCCUAUUGGACAGAUGCCCCCAUAGCUUUUUCUGCGGGUGGAGGCAUAAGAACUUCCAUAGAGAAGCGUUCGGAUGGUUCAAUUUUUGCUACGGAUGUUUUAAACGUUUUACCUUUUAAUAAUGAUUUGCUUGUUACAAAAAUCACUGGGAAAACCGUACGUAAGGCACUCGAACAUUCCGCCAGUAUGCAUAAAAGGGAUUCGAACGGAGGUUUCCUGCAAAUGUCCGGCAUUCAUGUUGUCUAUGACUAUAGUAAAGAAGUUGGUAAACGCGUUAUAAAGGCAGCGGUGCGUUGCGCCGAUUGUAAUGUACCCGCUUUUAUGGAUCUGGUGGACAGCAAGUUUUAUAAUGUUAUUCUACCGAAAUUUCUGUUGAAUGGCGGUGAUGGGCAUGAUUUUGUUGAAAAGGACGCUCUGCCGCCUCAGCGGUUACAGCUUAAUGAUUACGAAGCUGCAGUGCAAUACAUUGAAAAACAUAACUUUGUCUAUCCCGGAGUUGAAGGUAGAAUUGUGAUAUUAAAUAAAGAUAGCGACUCUUCGGGCAAUAACGGAGCUACAAUUAUGGCCAGCUCGACGUUACUCUUACCAGUAUUGGUUUUUGCUGCGUAUAUAAUUCUUAAUUAGUAUUAACUUAAAUUAAAUUUGUUAAUAUGUUUGUUUGUUCAUAUGUACAUAUUUGUACAUUUAAAACUCAGGAAUAUAUAAUACCCUUAUUAUUAUUGCUGCAAUCUGUAA